GAGCUGCUCAAUUUGCGCGGCGGCGACGCGGCGGCAGCCUACGCACUCGCACAGUUCCCUGCGUUUCGGGCCUCUUUCGACUCCUGCGAGCCGGUUUUACGCGUUUCGCACUGUGCGGCGCGUGGUGAGCACGUUUGCAGUCGUGCUGGAGCAACAAGCAGAGUCGAGGUGCUCACCGUCCUCGGACUGCCCGCUCGGUUACAGCUGUAAGCGCUCUCGCCGUUCAAAAGCACCAACGGUCCACGAGCGACCUGCACAAUCGCUAUCGCGGCGACGCGUGAAGCUGCCACUGUGGGAGAGCACAAUCUGUGCAGGGCCUGCUGGGAGAGCCGGCGGCGAGCGCGACCGCGAAACGCCGACGCCGCGCCGCUAGCGCGAGCAGCUCUCGAAACCGGAGCCUCGCCGCUCCCGCACGCCGCCGCGCGACGGUAAGCGUAUGCGUCGACGACUGGCCGGCUGCCUCGCGACCGCGCAGAUGGCCUCCUGCCUCUUCCCACCGAACCUGUCCGACGGACCCACAAAUUUACCGCUCGCCGAGGACAUCGAGAAGAACCCGACGGUCUUUGGGGAGCUGCUGCGCGGCGAGGCGCCCAUCCGGAAACUGCACGAGUGCGACGCGUCGCGACCCGGCGUCCUUGGAGCGCCUGCGUACGCCAUCGACGAGUCCGUGCCUGCUCGAUGGUGUGCCACGUAGGUAUCUCGCCUUUCGCAACGUGAAGAACUAUGCACCGCUUGCUGGGUUGGUCAUUCCAAAGCGGCGGCGGCCGCAGGACCCCGACGGCUUGAAAAAGGCCGACGUAGCGCUCUUGGAGGACAUGCGGCGCAUCGCCCUCGAGGUGUGCCAACGGGAGCAGCCCGAGGCCUUCGCGGCGAACGACUACUGGCUCCGCUUCCACCGAAGACCCUGGCACAGUGUCGAUCACCUCCACCUGCACGUGCUCGCGCCGGCCUCCAAAGUAUCGAGCUGGACGGCGUUCAUAUUCCUGGCGGGCUCACCGUGGAGCCUCGACGCCGACGCUCUUUUAGAGAAGCUCCGUCGAAGCCGAGAGUAAAUGUUUGUUGUCAUACAAGUCGGUCCUUACACGUAGACGCCUCCUCCGGCCUGGACGGGUCCGCUCAGCACGCUGAUCAGCGUGGGCAGGAAGGCGAGGGCCGCGAUGACCGCGAACCAGAAGACCGCGUCUUUGGACAGCGACGGCGCCCGCGGCAUGGAGUUCGCCGCGCGCGCGGCGCCGCGCUGGACGCUCCGGGCCGCGUCCGUCGCUUUUCUUUUUGCGACCCUUCCGGUCCGCUCGACCUCGAGCCCGACCUCGUUCAGCUUCGCGGCCUUGCCCGUCUCGCCCCUUUUCAAGCGCUUGAACUCCUCGUCCCAAUCGACCUCGCCGGGGCUCACCUCUGGGAGCUCGUCGGCCUGGCGCAGCGUGAUCGCUCGCCGCGGCGCCGCGGGCUGGACAAAUGCUACCGCGGUCGCGACGAGCGUGGCCGCGGCGAUGGCGUGGCGGGGCGGCAUCGUUAUACGGGCGUGGGUACGCCGCGAGUAGCAGACUUGCGUGUUACGGCUUUCUGCUUUGGGAAUCGCACGGCGCGUGCGCGGGAGUCCGAAAAAGUUACUGCUCGGCUGGCGAUGGUGACUGCGAGUCUGCCCCGCGUCGCUGUUUCGUUACUAAUUCGCUAGGCAAGUGUGCGAGCCGUGUCUUUUACAGGCUCCGCGAAGACUAGCG